CCGGGAAACCCCCCCCAAAAAAAAAACACAUUGAGGCUUGGCAGACGUAUGUCCUUGGAGAGUUCUCCUUCUCCUGCUUUCCUCUCCGAAAUCGCCAGCCGCACGACCGGACCGUUCCUCUCCGGCAAAGCUCUCUCCUUUUCUAGUUUUCACCUUGACCUUUUUCUCGUUCCAGAGCCUCCAACUUCUGCCAGUGCCUUGUUACUCCCUUUUGACUCACGGGUCGCGGCUUGGUCAUCGUCUGUAAAUCAGAAUUUGGGUACUUGUAAGCUGAAUUCAACUAGAAGCUGGUGACCUUUGUGAGAAGCUGCUGAUCUUGAUCUGACAUGAUUUGGACAAUAUAACAUGGUUAUUUCUGGUGAAAAAGUUGAAUAAGAGUUGGAGAGCUUUGAAUUCUGAGGAGCUGCUAACUGCAAAGGCGGUGAUUCCCAAGGUGCCCGGCACCUGAGAUAGUUGCUUCUCAAAUCAAAGCAAAGUGCGGAUUUGGUCGAUGGUAAAGGAAUUGCUUGGACAACUCGAAUUUUUGCAAAUUUUCGAGCAGAGAGUACUAGAAAUUGGUGUGGGAUUCAAAUCAAUUGAAGCUGAAGCUUGUGGCUUGAAGCUGUAAUUAUUUAUUACAAAAAGGGCUACUAUGGCUGGAGUUUUAGAGAAAUUCUUACUGGCAUCAAUGUUUAUGUGGUUGAUUCCCAUUGCAGUUUUAUAUGGUUUCAACCAUAAUCUAUUUCCAGGUUCAAGCGAUUUAUCUCCUCAUUCUCUGACACUGUGGAGUGGAUUACUUGCUGUUAUAUCAGUCAAUGUUGUGAUUGGGUUCUAUAUAUACUUGGCAAUGAAGGAGCCCUCAGAUAAGCAUGAACCAGAUCCUGCAUUUCUUGCGCAGGCAAGAGCUAGCAUCCAAAAGCCUAUAGAAUCGACUGAAGGUCCCUCUCAACCACGUGAAAAGGACGAGUAGAAUCAUCAUCCUAAAAGCUCAUACUUCGCUACCUGCCAUUGAGAUCUCUCCUGGUUAGCACGAUAAACUCAUACCUCAAUGGAGGCCAAGAAUGAAGUUCUUCUAGAAUACUGAUGGUCUAGCAGAUACCCUUCCGAAUGGUUUUUGGUUUUGUCCUUGUGAGAAAUCUGCUUUUUUGAACAAUCAAUCAUGUUUAAUAGUGUAGAACUAUUUAAAUAUGUCACUCCUUUUUUUUUUGUGUGUCUAAACCACUUUAUCUUGUAACCUAUGCUCGUGAGAAUCGGCUUGA